CAUGCUGUUGCAUGCAAGCAGCACAUGCAACAGUGGUCAACUGUUGUCCAUAUAAACGAAGUAAUUAACAAGAUCUGUUCAUCAUUUGACAACGAAAUGGCGGCGUAUACUGUCCCCUUUCGGCUAUUUGCUUGCCUGUUGCUGGUACUCUGCCUCGCUGCGGUGCGGUGUGAAGACGAGAAGACGUUGAAGUUACGCAAGCUGGAGAAAAUUAAAGAGGAUGAUAAGGACUUUCAGAGUAGUGUGCAGCUGAGCGAACCAGAUGCGGAGGGUCACAUUAAGCUGAGCGGCGAACUAAAGCAACAUGUAACGCUGGAUAAUGAUUGGAAAGUGAAUCUAACGGCUUAUCGCGCCGACAGUGCGGAUGGCGAAUAUAAACUGUUUAAAGCAAUGCCGCCCAUGGGUGUCUGCCAGUUGUUGAGCAGCUACUACAAAAACUUUUUCUAUGAAAAGCUCAAGGAUUAUUCGAAUGCGCCGCACCCGGACACUUGUCCCUUAACACCAACGGAUUACUAUCUCAAGGACUAUCCACUUGAUUCGUCAAUGAUUAAAAAGAUGUUACAGCCUGGUUACUAUCGCGUCACUGGUCAGCUGCUGAAAGAUGAUCAGAACCAGUUGGAGUAUCUAGCGGAGGUGCAAGUGGAGUAAAGCUUCUACUCGAAUUUAUUGUACAAUAAACAAUUGAUCUAUUCGUAGGUCAACAUUUGCUUCAAAA